GAAGAGGUCAGAGGACGACCACGGAUGUCGGGAAACACAACUCAAAAGAGUGCAGACUACACGCACGCACAUGCAGCUGUUCUCUCCGCGUGUGCGAAGCCUCUGCGUGAUAAAUAACAGCAACCGGGACCACAAACUCGCCCCCCCCCCCUCUCCCUCCUUGCGGGAUGGUUACGCGUGGAUGAAGCAGUGGACAGUGGACGAUGCAACUUGAAUCGUGCGCGCUUGUCUUCGUCUGCUAUGCUCGUGGCUUUGUUCGGUGACCUCAUCUUGACUGCCGGCCACUUUGUUUAUGUCCGCCAUCCGCUUGUUUGAGACAGCAGUCCAAAUCUUCAAAAAAAAAAAAAAAAAAAACAACCCAGAGACUCCCUCCCACCCCCCGAUGCAUUGAUGCACUCCUCUCAGUGGUGCAACGGCUGCUUCUGUGGUCUGGCUCUGAAUUAUUCCAACAAGUCGUGCGCCAUGCCGCCCAUCACAUUCCACGACCUGCCGCUCAACAUCUACAUGGUCAUCUUCGGCACGGGCAUCUUUGUCUUCAUCCUCAGCCUCAUCUUUUGCUGUUACUUCAUCAGCAAACUUCGACACCAGGCCCAGAGUGAGCGGUUCGGAUACAGAGAGGUGGUUUUAAAAGGAGAUUCAAAGAGACUGAACGUGCACGGGCAGACUUGCGCCGUGUGUCUGGAGGACUUCAAAAUGAAAGACGAGCUGGGAGUGUUGCCAUGCCAACACGCUUUCCAUCGAAAGUGUCUUGUCAAGUGGCUAGAGGUACGCUGUGUCUGCCCCAUGUGCAACAAGCCUAUCGCCAGCCCCCCCGAGCAGCAACACAGCAUCGGUACCCUGCUGGACGAACUGGUGUAACCCGACAAACCCGCUUCCCGUCUCGGCCGCGCCGGUGCCGGUGACCGUGCGGCCGCCUGGACGAGGGGAUCGGCGGUCGGCUGCUGCGGCAACAGCACGACAGCGCCUCGGGCUGGCUGAGCACCCAGAGAAAGACUCUUGGCGAGGGAUGCUGUUGCCUGGCAACCGCCCCCGAUACGGCCAACACGGAGGCGCCUUCUGAUGUGGAGAUUAUGUACGGCCACCCACACGUCCCUCCACCGCCCUUCUUUCUACAUCCUCCACUCAUACAUCCUCACAUCUUCCCCCCAGUCAGGUCAACAGCUUUUUUGAUUGUUUUGUUCACCUAAUCGAUUCUACAAGACUGUGAAGAAGAAGACUGCCUUUGAAGAGAACAAAGCACUGUAGCAAGGACAUACUGUAUUUGAUCAAUUACGGACAGAGACGGUGUUACGUUUUAACGAUCUAACUUGAACGACAGUGUUACAAGUUUUGCACACUAACUAAUCCAGGAUUGUUUGAAUUUAAUGCACCCUUUAUAGGGCAAGGAAUCACAUUUGGUCAAGUCAAAUACAGUAGGUUAAUAAAUAAAAUGUCGCCA